AUAACGUUAUUUGGGUUAGGCAUAAGCCGAAAAGCGGGAGUGCAAAUGCUUAAAGUUCAUUCUAAUGGCUAUGGAAGAAUCCCUAACCCUAUCAUUUCCCAAUCGUAUUGAUUCAUUGCUGAUUCACUAGUCACUCCUUUAUUUAAAUUUAUCUCCACCACUAACCCUAAUUUACUUUUUAUCUCUCAAUUCCCAAUCCCUAUCACCAUAUUCAAGGUCUUUGGCAAUUGUCAUUGGUCUCAAUUCUUAAUGUUUAAUGGCUCCAACCGCCGAUAAUAAAUCUAACAUUUCUUUCACCGGUACUUUAGCUAGCAGUGCUUUCGCUGCUUCCUUUGCUGAGAUAUGUACCAUCCCUUUGGACACUGCCAAAGUUAGGCUGCAGCUUCAGAAGAAAGCUGUUGGAGAUGCAGUACCUAAAUAUAGAGGUAUGUUAGGUACUGUUGCUACCAUUGGUAGGGAAGAAGGCCUGGCUGCACUUUGGAAAGGAAUUGUGCCCGGUUUGCAUCGUCAAUGUCUCUUUGGUGGUCUAAGGAUUGGGUUGUAUGAACCAGUUAAAACAUUUUAUGUGGGUAAAGACCACGUUGGUGAUGUACCUUUAUCCAAGAAGAUUCUUGCUGCACUUACCACAGGUGCCGUGGGAAUCAUGGUUGCUAAUCCAACUGAUCUUGUAAAAGUUCGGCUUCAAGCUGAGGGGAAAUUACCUCCGGGUGUACCAAGGCGAUACACUGGAGCGUUAAAUGCCUAUUCAACUAUAGUCAAGCAGGAAGGAUUUCGGGCUUUAUGGACUGGUGUUGGCCCAAAUGUAGCACGCAAUGCUAUUAUAAAUGCUGCCGAACUGGCUAGUUAUGAUCAAGUGAAACAGACCCUUUUGAGGAUCCCUGGAUUCAAAGAUAAUGUUGUUACUCAUCUGUUUGCUGGUCUUGGGGCCGGAUUCUUUGCUGUCUGCAUUGGCUCACCUGUUGAUGUGGUUAAAUCCAGAAUGAUGGGAGAUUCUCAAUACAAGAGUACAGUGGAUUGUUUUAUCAAGACCUUGAAGAAUGAUGGUCCUCUUGCAUUUUAUAAGGGAUUUAUACCAAAUUUUGGACGCCUUGGGUCAUGGAAUGUCAUUAUGUUUUUGACUUUGGAACAGGCAAAGAAGGUUGUGAGCAGUCUAGAGUCUUCUUGAGUUGAAGAUACUAACAACACUUCUAUACUGCAUUCCUAUUUGAGAAAAAUAAAGCCUUGCUGUCUAUUUUUAUUUGAUUGACUUGACUGCUAUUUUUUUUACGAUUAUGACGUACAUUAUAAUCUUGAUAUUGCAAGGUAAUACUACCCCGUCCCACUGAGAUUGUUACAAAUAAGUCAAAGCUCACUUUGACAAGCGUAAUGUAGCAAUCUUAGCGGGACAGAAGAGUAUAUGUGGCAAAGAGCUUUUAAGUUCUGCGGACAAGGUGGUUGGGAAUUUGACGAGGAUUAUGAUUUAUGUGAUUCUCUUCCCCUUUCAAAAUGUCUUUUAUUCUUUUCCGUUUUCUGUCACCCGCUUUGCCUAUCUUGUACUGCUUUGUAUUCUUCGUAGCAAUCUGCUACAAUAUUCAUCAAGAAUGCUACAAAAUUCAUCAA